GGGGGUAGGGUUCUGAAUUUGCCGAACACGUGGCGAAAUCCGAACCCAACCCCCGCCUCCCAUCGACUCGGGAGAAUCGAUGUGUUGGUGGGGGUAGGGCUUGGCCGCCAGCUGCCAACUGCAGGGGGUCCCGACUUGGCCCCUGGAAGGAUGGCACGGCGCUGCUAUCUGGGCUCAAGCCUGCUCGAGGCGUUCCGGCGCUGGCCUGAAGGGUUGGCAGAUGUUGAUCGGAGCAAUGUGCGAUGGUGACGGCGAUGCGCUCGACAACGACGCGAUCAUGGCCAUCACAUCACCAUUACCACGUUGCCAGAUCUCAUACCAUUCGAACAAUUUCGCGUCAUAGACUAUUCGUCAUGUUCUACCUCUGGAAGACAUUGCCAUGCCCCCGGUUUGCCGAACAUUAAUCGGAACGACAAGCGAGCCGUCGGAGGAAUUGCUCCAUCCCCUUGGCCGUCCUCCGGUGAAGACAUCAGCUCGCCAAACGCAUCACAACCUACCUUACUCCGCCCUGCCCGCUUCCCAUCCCCACCGCUCUCACAGGGAGGCGUCCCAGGAUCGUGGAUAUCGUUUCUUUCUCCUGGCCUCCAAGGACCCCCGGGUACCCGCAGGACGCCCAGAACGUUUCCUCCCCGUUCCUCCUCCCUCCGCCGCAGUUAUUUGGGCCGAAACCUGCACGACUCGAAGCAUCCUGGCGCUGACUCGAACGGUUGACAAAGAUUGAUCGGAGCGAUGGGCGAGGGCGACAACGACGCGCUCGACAACGACUCGAUCAUGGUCUGCGACGGGUGCUGCUGUUGCUACGACGGCCUGCUCUUCGGGGAUGGGUGCUUGGGGUGCAUGGCGAGCGAGACCAUGUGCUGCCUGGAGGUCGAGUACUGCUGCAAGUCAGGCGCGCCGACGCUCUGCUGCGUCUGCUGCGCGAUCCGCUGCGUGUCGCCCACCGUGUGCAUCAAGUCGCAGGGCCAGAUGUGCUGCCUUGCUGGGGCGGCCGCCAUCCCGUGCGACGAUGAGGUCCCUUGCCUGGUGGGCUCGUGCGGCAUCGUUUGCUACCCCACGAUCGCCAUCUGCAAGACGCUGGGCGAGAUCAAGGGCGGGGGCGGCGGGGAUGGACCCCCGGCCGAGCAGGUGGGCUGAGGCCAGUGAGGUGGAUCAUUGCAACCGCUCUGCCUGCUGAUGACACCAGCACGGCCAGUGCGGCCCGACAGCCACUCAGGGCUUCGGUGCUUUCAUGCACAAAGGCGAGCCCGGCUAUAAUUUGUGGUGAUGUGGAUGCGUAUGUUUGAGGGAGUACACAAAGCUGCUGCGCAGAAUGUCUCGUCCUCCCUCUUCGCCCGCAUCGUUUCUCCGCCUCCUCCCCCUGCCUGGAGGUGAGCAGGCUGCCUUACUGUCUUGGGUUGGGGGCGAUCCUCUCUUCAUCGCUGCCCCAGCCACGCCCCACGCCCACUGAUGACCUCAGACAUGCCGUUUUUUGCGUGCGUGAUGUGGGCCCCUGGAGAUCUUGGCCAUGAUGACGACGGUGACGACGAC